AUGCCCAUCCACAUUGCCAACCUCUCGGCCGUCGUCACGGGCGCGCUCGAAGCGGCCAAGGCCGUUGCCACCGAGAUGCUCCCGGCGGCUGUGACGAGGGACGCCAUCGUCGAGGCGUCGAGAGCCUCGGUGGCAUGGCUCACGAGCCACCUCUGGGCCAGGCUGGCCGUGGCGAGGGCCAUCACCGUCGACAACCUCCCGGCGGGCGCCGCGGCCAUCCACAUUGCCAACCUCUCGGCCGUCGUCACGGGCGCGCUCGAAGCGGCCAAGGCCGUUGCCACCGAGAUGCUCCCGGCGGCCGUGACGAGGGACGCCGUCGUCGAGGCGUCGAGAGCCUCGGUGGCAUGGCUCACGAGCCACCUCUGGGCCUGGCUGGCCGUGGCGAGGGCCGUCACCGUCGACAACCUCCCGGCGGGCGCCGCGGCCAUCCACAUUGCCAACCUCUCGGCCGUCGUCACGGGCGCGCUCGAAGCGGCCGUGACGAGGGGCCGUUGCCACCGAGAUGCUCCCGGCGGCCGUGACGAGGGACGCCGUCGUCGAGGCGUCGAGAGCCUCGGUGGCAUGGCUCACGAGCCACCUCUGGGCCUGGCUGGCCGUGGCGAGGGCCCGGCCUCUACGGCUGGCUGGCCGCCGCGGUGGUCCAGAAGCUCCCGGACGUCGCCGCCGAGAAGCUGCUGGGCGGCGUGGCUCGUGCACGGCCGCGGCGGCGGCGUCGCGGUGUACGCGACGCUGGCGCUCGCGCUCCUGGCCGUCGCCUUCCUCGUGGGCGCCGUGUGGGCGUUCACCUGCCGCUCCAUGAAGGGGCCCGGGCUCGGCGGAGCGCGCGUGCCCCGCGCCGUGUUCGAGGCCAACCCCAAGCGCUACUACGCCACCGUGCGGACCGCGCGGAAGGCGCAGCGCCGCGCCGGUGGGGCUGGUUGCAAGCUGCUUCUGGUCGGCCUUCUCGUCGCGUUCGCGGCCUACCUUGCUGCAAAGAUGCUCUACUAG